AUGAGGCAAAUUUUGGGGUGCUACAGUGAGAAAUACCACAUUGAUUUUGAUCUGGAUACUUUCCAACCUAUUGGUCAGUAUGCUGCAAAGUUUAAGAGUUAUUUGUUAUUCAUUGCACGUAGCCAGGUUAAUUUAAAUGAAAAGAAAUGGGAAAAAAUAAGCAAAAAUAUGAAGGGCGUCAUAUGGAAUGAUAUUACGGAUAAGUUCACUUGCCCCACUGAUGAUAAAUUUAGGAAGCAUUGGUUUGUUUAUAUGGGGGAACGAUUGAAGCAAUUUAAGACAUUGUCUAUAUAUUUUGGAAAGGCGAUAAGAAUGGAAAUACAAUGUCGUUUGAAAAGUAUACAUUCAUCAAACAAGAAGAUUGGGAUUUGUUUGUCGAGACUCGAAGAAAAGAAUAUUUUCAAGAGAAAAGGCUAA